AAAUCUCCAUUCCGAUCAUUCCCACUUAUCAUUUUCCCGCACCAUUUCUCAAUUUCCAUUCCCAAAACCAUGCCCGAUUCCCUUCGGGUCCACGCCCGACGACUCGACUACAAACGCCUGUUCCCGUCCUUGCUCUCCUCGCACCAAACAUUCCUCACCCUCAUCUGGACUGCCGGAUUCAUCCUCGUCGCCCUUUGGCAAAAAACCGCCGUCGAUCGCCUCUUAACCUACCACGACCAGCGCUUCUUCCCGCCCCCUCGCCCUAUUCCCAAGCUAAGACGUCUGGCGUUCAACCUCGCCGACUUCGGUGCUGUCGGCGAUGGCGUCUACUUGAACACUAUGGCCUUCGAGAGGGCAGUCUCGGAAAUUCGCAAGCGAGGCGGCGGCCAGCUGAAUGUUGGGCCUGGUCUUUGGCUCACUGCUCCUUUCAAUCUCACUAGCCACAUGACAUUGUUCCUUGCUGAGAAUGCUGUUAUUCUUGGAAUUGACGAUGAGAAUUAUUGGCCUCUGAUGCCUCCAUUGCCGUCCUAUGGAUAUGGAAGAGAACGUCCUGGACCUCGUUAUGGAAGUUUAAUCCAUGGCCAGAAUCUGAAGGAUGUUGUGAUUACAGGGCACAAUGGUACCAUCAAUGGACAAGGUAAAGCGUGGUGGGAGAAGUAUAGGAAGAAUCGGUUAAAUCACACCAGAGGCCCCCUUGUGCAGAUUAUGUGGUCAAGGGAUAUUGUGAUUUCUCACAUUACCUUGCGAGAUUCUCCAUUCUGGACACUUCACCCUUAUGAUUGUCAAAAUGUGACGAUCAGAAAUGUAACUAUUUUGGCUCCAUCUUCUGAAGCCCCAAAUACUGAUGGAAUAGAUCCUGAUUCAUGUGAAAAUAUGAUCAUAGAGGACAGUUAUAUAAGUGUUGGAGAUGAUGGAAUUGCAGUAAAGAGUGGCUGGGAUCAGUACGGAAUUGCUUAUGGUCGGCCUUCCACCAAUAUUGUCAUUCGUAAUCUCAUUGUCCGUUCCAUGAUAAGUGCAGGAGUAUCAAUUGGCAGCGAAAUGUCUGGUGGAGUCUCAAAUAUAACAGUGGAGAAUCUCCUGGUAUGGAACUCUAAAAGGGGUAUAAGGAUUAAGACCAGUGCUGGUAGGGGAGGAUAUGUUCGAAAUAUAUCCUACCAGAACCUGACAUUUGAAAAUGUGCGGGUGGGUAUUGUGAUAAAAACUGAUUACAAUGAGCAUCCAGAUGAAGGCUUUGAUCCAAAUGCCCUUCCAGUUAUUGAAGACAUAAGCUUCACCUCCAUACAUGGACAGGGAAUUCGUAUUCCAGUUCGCAUAUAUGGGAGCCGAGAAAUUCCUGUGCGGAAUGUCACUUUUAGGGGCAUGUUAGUUGGGAUAACAUACAAGAAGAAGCAUAUAUUCCAGUGCUCUUAUGUUCAUGGCCGUGCAAUCGGAAAGAUCUUCCCUGUCCCAUGUGAGAAUCUUGAUGUGUAUGAUGAAAUGGAACGUCUGGUCAGAUUAGGAACAGCACAAAACAGCACAGAUACGGAUUAUGAUGCUUGACAAGGUGAAAGAGCCCAUCCAUGAAGUACUGUUGGCAAGUCCAUAUCAUUCUUCCACGUCUACAAUUUUUUAAAGCUCAGCAGUUCGAAGGUCAACAUGCUUGGAGUGCUGAAUCUACAGGCUUCAUGAAUGAUAAAGAUCUACAACUGCAUUCUUUUGUCCAAGAGGUAUUGGCUGUUGAUAUAAUGCAGAGCGAAUAUCAUGGUUAAUGAUGAAAGAAACAAGCGACUCGGUUCUUCAAAUGUUGUCAUGCUUGUUGAGUACCAUAUGCAUUCGUUCGUUCAGCUGGUGGUGGUAUUUAAAAUGCAGCAUGUUGAAAAGACCUGUAACCCGUGCAGGUGGCUUAGAUAGUGAACUCAAGCGGGAGGAGACGAUGCCCUUUCACGCGCAGAACAAAAUACUACUGACACCCUGGUAACACACCGAAGGGCUAUUACUCUUAACCUUGAAAAUAUGACGUUAGAUGAUAUGGUUGUGCUACCUAGCAAAUGUAUGCCUCUGUUCAAAGCCUGUCUCUACCAUGCCCCCAAGGCGAGCUUUCCACGGGCCCAUGGUUGUAUUUAGUCAAUUAUUUACAUCCGAAAGAGUAGUGUUCUUUUGGUUUAUUCAUGAAAAAUAGUCUGCAUUGAGUAUCAGAUGAUACAAGGAGACACAUUCUGCAAUUAGAUGUUACAAACGUGCAAAAAUGGUUUAAAUUCGCUUUAAA